AUGGGUCAUCGAAACAUUCAGUUCAAUAAUCAUAUGAUUGAGAUGCAAGCCGAUCAAGGCCAUCACCACCCCAGCCAUCUCCAUCCCGAGCCGUGCAUCGUCUACUCAAAUUUACCUAACUACCCCCACCAGAAUAUCAAUUUUCAUCCCGUCCCCGAACAACACCACGAGAAUCCCUUGUUCUACGGCAUGGGUGGCCCCUACAACCCCGCUGGGCCGCAACACAACCUUGACCUCAACAUAACCCCCCCACCCACCACCCAUUAUAACAAUAAUCCGUACUUAACACUGCCAGCUGGCAUUAGAGAUUUUCCCGUUCCAGCAAAUCAUGCCUAUGGUGAUGGUAUUAUUAGGGAGCAGUUCAAGAGAAAGAAUGCCGAGGGGUCAUCCUCCAAUCAGCAGUACCAAAAUGCUCAGGUGGGUCCUAGUUUGUCUGUGGAUGUUGCUCGGGUGGAAGCCUCUCUGUUUCUGCCACCGGAAUAUUCCUCCGGGAGUGACUUGAUCGAGAGUGGCGGGUCCAUGGGAAGUGUGAGGAACAGAGCUGGUGUUGUGGGGCCCGAUCCUGUGCGGGUGCAUAAUAAUGCGAAUGUAGUGCAAGGAAAUUACGUCGUGCCACCUGUUCAGUUGCCGGGUAAUCCUUGGUUGGAUAUGAAUUUUAGAGGGAACAAUGGUGAUAUGGGCGCUCUAGGCUGGGGACAGCCUGCUCAUAACUUGCCGUAUGUGCAUGCUAAUGCCAAUGGGGCUUGUGUCGAAUCGGGGAAUACAGGCGUACAAGGCUAUCCAGUGGCGGCCAUUAACAGAGGUGCAGGUUUUGUGCAUCCUCCAGUGGCUCAGAGCCACCCGAGUACUCAGCCAGGCCAACAUAUGCAAAGGCCCAGAGGAUACAAUGUGGGCCACCCAUCUCAAAUGGUCACGCCUUCACGUGGAAUCCCAAUGGUUAGGUAUUCGAAUGCCACCGCAGCAGGUCCUUUCCAGGAUGUUGUGGAAGCCGGCCCCUCAUUUUUAGCUCCAAUCGUGCCUACGGGCUUCCAGAUCUAUAGGGCCCACCAUGGGGAAAUCAUGCUCGACCCGAACGUGAGGCACCGAGGCUUUCCCCAGUUGAGAGUAUUGCCAGAAGAUGAGGUUGCUAUGCUCGAGAUUCCUGGAUAUCAUGUAGCAGGAGAGUCGAUCGAUCAGCACAGGGACAUGCGACUAGAUAUCGAUCACAUGUCAUAUGAGGAGCUUCUGGCUUUGGGAGAACAAAUAGGCAGUGUGGGCACUGGUUUAUCUGAGGAGUUCAUUCAAUACAAUUUGAGAACAAGAAGCUAUAGCUCAAGACCAGCUUGUAUAAAUCUAGAAGUUGAACCGUGCCCCGAUCAGGAGAUAAUCAACUUUUGUGUUGUGUGCCAGAUGGAUUACGAGUACGGGGAACGUAUUGGAGUGCUCGACUGCGGCCAUGAAUACCACAAAGAUUGCAUAAAAAAGUGGUUGGUCGUGAAGAACACUUGCCCUGUGUGCAAAUCCACCGCCUUGCGUGGCAAGGGGAAGGAUUUGAUGUUGAAAUAA